UACAUUGAAUAAGUAGCAGUUCUCUGAUAUUUAAGUGUUAAUUCUUGAAAUAUAAAAAUUAUAUUUUCAACAGUUUGCAAUAUUUGACUUCGUGGUAGAUCUAAUACGUUUUCUGCAUUAUCUGUACGUAUAUAUAUUCCACUGUAUUGUACAAUGGACUGCCUGGAUGACUCAGCCGCGUCAAAUAAAAAUCCCAAAUUUGUUGAAAAAUCAUGUCAUGUACCUGAAUUAGGAUUCUUCAUUAGUGCUCUGAGAACAAAAUUAAAGGAUUAUUUCGAAGAAGUCACAGUUCAAUGCGUGGACUGCCCCGAUCUGACUCAACCGCCUUAUCGUUUCGUUGCACCAGGAUUAUGCGGCAAUACGGGACAGUUGAUUACCGGUAAAUUUGCAACUAUGUAUCCUUUGCCGCAAAGCGAGAAAAUAUACAAUUUCAAAAAGAUCUUAAGAAAAAUAAAACGCAAUAAGAAUACUUUUCUUCUUGGAUCAAGUCUGUGCUUCUCAAUGGCACCACAGGAAGUUAUGUGCACGGUCUUCAUAAACUUGUUAUUCUCGCCAAAAGACGAAGAGAUAAAUGUAACGAAUGAAAGUCGCGGCGCAUUUGUGUUUCUGGAAAAGGAUGACUCGACUUGGUUCCGUGAGCGUCGAAGUAUAAACGAUGUCAUAGGUUAUAAAUCAAGAAGUGAUAAUCGCACACGUGAUGAAAGAAAAACUCGGGAAAAGCUGUCUUUAGUAUAUGCUUUGGAUCCCAUAUACGAACAAAAUUAUACAUUUUCGUCAUGUAUUAUAAACAAUCCUGAUCCUGAAUGCGUUAUGUGUGGCAUGUGCUUUAUUAGCGAAGGCCAACCAGGGCAAGUUCUAAAAAUCCACGUCAAAAAAUGCAUCAAUAAACUCGGUUUCACAGCAGCGUUACACCAAUCACUUAGAGAAAUAAAAGGACUCAUAAAUUCUCCUCUCGGAUUGGGUGGCACGUUUGUGAUGUCGGGCGGAAAUGUUACAACUGCAAUAAUGCCAAAAUUUCCGCCUAAUCCAUUAGAUAAUGUAGAGAUCAUUGAAGCAAACUUUUAUCGGAAGAAUGUAGCCACGGAGUCUUUAGUAGUUGCUGGUGCAGUAACUAGCGAAUACAAUCCAUAUCUUACUUUCUGCACUUUCAAUCAAUAUGAGGCAUGCGGGAUGUUUGACGAGAAGAAUAGCAAGGAUGUGACAGAAUAUUUGGGAUAUUUUUCUCUGAUAGAAAACAUCUAUGAGUUUUGGCACGAACCGACUGAUCAAUUUAUACUAGAAAAUAUUGAUGUAAAUUUACAAGCUCGUUGUCCUGACAUGUGACAUUCUUACAUACUCGCAAACUUUGCAUAUUUUAAUUAUUAUCUUUAAAUAAUUUGCUUUAUAUUUUUUUGUAUUUUUUUUUAUUUUGCAAUUAUUAUAUGUAUCUUUUACUCUCAACAAUAAAACAAUAUUUUUGACUUUAUACAUUAAUUGAUAUUGGUAGCUUUUGAUCUCUUAAUAUUUGUCAAAAUUAUUAUAC